AUGGAGGGAUCGGCGACGGAGGGAAAUCACGGAGGCGAUCCCCGCGCCGAGCAUGCCGCAACCAAGGAGUCCGAGGCGGCGGCAACGCAACACCAUCUGACGCUGCUCCAGCCGACCGUGGUCGAAGUUUCUGCAGCCGUGCUGGAUAAGGACAAGGUGGGGGAGCACGAGUCGGUGGGGCUGGUCGGUGGCUCUCCACCUUCUGGUGGACGGGGGGAGGCCAAGAAAAGCAUCGGCAGAAGGAGAGGCAAGAAAGCAGCGACGGGAACAAAGCCGAAACGGGGCGAUGAAGACCCCGGUGAUGCGGAGGAGGAGGAGGAUGAGGAGGAGGAUGCGGAGGGAGAGGAGGAUGAAGAGGAAGCGGAGGAGGAUGACGCGGAUGUUGGGGAGGAUGAAAAGGAUGAGAAUGAUGGCGGGGAGGACGAAGAGGAGGAGGAGGAGGAGGAGGAGGAGGAGGAGGAGGAGGAGGAGGAGGAGGAGGAGGAGGAGGAGGAGGAGGAGGAGGAGGAGGAGGAGCAGGGUGACGACGAGGAGGAGGAUGUGGAGGAGGAGGAGGAGGAGGAGGCAGCGGAGGAGGAUGAGGAGGAGGAGGAGGAGGAGGAGGAGGAGGAGGAGGAGGAGGAGGAGGAGGAGGAGGAGGAGGCAGAGGAGGAGGAGGAGGAGGAGGAGGAGGAGGAGGAGGAGGAGGAGGAGGAGGAGGAGGAGGAGGAGGAGCAGGGUGACGACGAGGAGGAGGAUGUGGAGGAGGAGGAGGAGGCGGCGGAGGAGGAGGAGGAGGAGGAGGAGGAGGAGGAGGAGGAGGAGGAGGAGGAGGAGGAGGAGGAGGAGGAGGAGGAUGUGGCGCCAGUGAAGGGACGGGGCGGGCGUGGCAGACGGGUGAGUGGUACAGGGAAGGAGGGGGGCCGGACUCGCCCUUCCCGAAAACGCGGGGCAGUUGACGCUGCGCGCGGCGAAGCAUCGGGCAAACCGAAGGCGCGUAAGGUGAAGGUCGAAAGUGAAGGGGUUGGUAAAAAGCAAGGGAGCCAGGGAGCAAAAGGGGAUGGAGGAGGAAAGGGUGGACGCGCCAAAGGGGUUCCAGUGGGUACCAGCAAGAAAGAACCUGCCGGUAAACGUCGCAGCGUCCGCCAAAGCACCCCGCGGAAAGGUGGCAACGAGAAGGCGCAGGCUGCCCCAAAACCGAAGGGACAGCAGAAAGGUGAGCAUUGUGUCCAAUAA